AUGUCAGAAGAGUUCAAAGAAAAGGGCAACGCGCUCUUCAAAGCCCAGGACUACGCACAAGCAGCCCAGAAAUACUCUCUCGCCAUUGACGCCCUCCCCCACCCCGUCUACUACUCCAACAGAGCGGCAUGCUACCUCAAACUAGGAGAGUACGACAAGGCCGCCGCGGAUUGCAAGGCCGGUCUCGAUCACGUGCCCGAGUUCCAGAAACCACAACCCAACGUCCCCGAGCUGAAACCCGACACUCCCAUCAAGCUCUUCUUCCGAUGGUCUCAGGCUCUGGAAGACCAACGCAACUACGCAGCCGCGAUCUACGUGUGCAACUCGGGUCUCAAGACAUACCCGGGUAACGAAUCGCUCACGACACAGCUCAAGAAAUUGCAAUGGGUAGAGAAGAAGGAGAAACGAGACAUGAAACAAAAGGCCUUUGCUCCCCAGCCACAGACGCAAGCAAUCCCCACCCCAGAAGCCUCUCCAACAACCCAAUAUAUUCCAAUCCAGGUGGUCGACUCGCUGCCUAUCGAUCUAAUGUCGAUAUAUAACACUCCCGAAACUACAGACCUGCUGGAGUCUCCAAAACUAUCCACUGCAGCACCCACACACCAUGCAUUCCCUACCCAGCUGCCUCUCAUGCUUCCAGCCUGCCUGAACGCUUACACACUUGCCCAGCUGCUCAAAUCCCCCCAGAACCAAAUGAAGGAAGUCCGAACAUACUUGUACAACUACGAUGUGGCCCAAUGGCCCCAUAUCUUUGGAAGAGGAGGAAUCGACGCGGACUUCAUCGAAGAGAUGCUCAAGGCUAUCAUUGAGAACGAGGACAAUUCACAACGACCAAGGGAUAUUGUACAGAGUAUGAAGAAAUGCGAACGAUUCAAUAUCGCAAACACAUUUGUGCCCAAGGACCUCAAGACCAAGGUUAACGAGAUAUGUGGUGAAUCUCUGUGA